AUGAAGGUUAUCGAGCGGUUCUGGCAACUAGAUGAACCAGAAAAGGCAAACAAAAAUCUGUCUCCUUCCGAAGAGUUGUGCGAGUCUCAUUUUGCAACUUAUAUGAAAAGGAAUCAAGACGGUCAAUUCAGUGUCAGAUUACCCUUCAAGCAAGAUCCAUCGUUGCUUGGUGAGUCAAAACACAUUGCCAUUAACAGGUUUUUAGCGUUGGAAAGAAGACUCGAUAAGGAUGUAAUACUCAAAACACAGUAUGUACAGUUCAUGAAUGAAUAUGCUGAUCUCGGACACAUGGAAAGGGUUGACAUCAACCAAGUUAAUCCUCAUUAUGUCAUCCCACAUCAUGGCGUUUUACGGCCCGAUAGCAGCACCACGAAAUUAAGAGUGGUAUUUGAUGCAUCGUGCAAGACGAGUAGUGGACUAUCGUUAAAUGAUACAAUGUUUACUGGCCCUACAAUUCAAGAGGAAUUGUUUGCGAUUUUACUUCGAUUCAGGUGCCCAAGAUUUGUCUUUUGUUCUGACAUUCAAAAAAUGUACAGACAAAUUAUUAUUCAGCCCGAAGAUCAAAGAUAUCAAUUAAUAGUCUGGAGAAGCAAUAUUAACGAACCCUUACAAUUUUAUCGAUUAAAAACAGUCACCUAUGGAACACGAUCAGCCCCAUAUCUGGCUACUAAAUGCUUACAACAGUUGGCGAAAUCUGAGUUGCAAAAAUAUCCACUAGGUGCAGCAGCACUAAGUAAUGACUUCUACGUAGAUGAUUGCCUAAGUGGAUCAAAUAGUCUCCAAACUGCCAAAGAUAUACAAACUCAGUUAAAAGGUUUGUUGGAAUCAGCAGGAUUCAAGCUAAGUAAAUGGUGUGCCAACCAUCCGUCACUUCUUCAAAAUAUUGCAAAAGAAGAUCAAGAAGUUGAUUUGGACUUUCAAAGUGACGACGCAACAUCAAUCAAAACAUUAGGAUUGACUUGGCAACCAAAAGAAGAUCAAUUUCGCAUAAAAUUAAAACUGGAUCCACUAAAAAUCAUUACUAAAAGAACCAUUACUUCGAACCUAGCCAAAAUUUUCGACCCAUUGGGACUACUAGGUCCAGUACUCGUAACAGCAAAAAUACUAAUUCAGGACCUAUGGCAACUACAAUUAACAUGGGACGAAGCAGUACCAACCGAAAUAUACACUAGGUGGACUACCUUUUAUGACGAUCUACAAGUACUAGAGCAAUUUAAAAUAGAUCGUCAUAUAUUCGGAAAACAGAUGCCAGCACUUGAAUCAAUACAAUUGCACGUAUUUUGUGAUGCUUCACAAAAGGCAUACGGAGCCGCAGUCUAUGUUCGAGCGAAACUAAUGGAUGGUCGACUAAUAAAUCGAUUGUUGUGUUCCAAGUCUCGUGUUGCUCCACUCAAAAAACAAACGAUUCCAAGGUUAGAACUGUGUUCAGCUCUAUUAGGAGCGACAUUGAUGAAAAAGGUUAAGAACAAUAUAAAUCAUGAUGUAGCAACAUAUUAUUGGACUGAUUCAGAAAUCGUUCUCUUCUGGAUCAAUUCUUCAUCAGCAAGGCAUCAACAAUUCAUAGCAAAUAGAAUCAAUGCAAUUCAGGAAAUUAGCUUGCCUAAUCAAUGGCGUCACGUAAGAUCUAAGGACAACCCAGCUGACUCAUUAUCACGGGGUAUCAAGCCAGCUCAAUUACUCGAAAAUAACUUGUGGUUAUACGGUCCACUCUUUCUUCAUGGUUCCGAAAGCAACUGGCCUGGCGAAUUCAAUAAAACUCUCUGUAUUGAUCCGAAUCAAUCACAGGAAUUCAUUUAG